AACAUAAUAAAAGCAUCAUAUUUCUCAAACCUUCUUUCAUUCAUCUUCUUCUUCUUCUCUAGAUCUCUGCAAUUUGAUAAUCUUCUCCAUCUUCCAGAUCAGAUCAGAUCUGAAAAUGAAACCGAUGACUUCUUCAACUCCAGCAAUUCUCCCAAUCUCAAACCCACAAACCACCGUCCCUUCCGCCGCACAAUCACAGCCGCCAAUUGUGACUCCAGCUAUCAGCACAUUCAUCUCAAACAUCACCGACACCGUCCGCAACGGUCUCGGUCAGCGCCGUCCAUGGUCGGAACUCAUCGACCGAUCCGCCAUCUCAAGGCCAGAUUCGAUCACAGAUGCUACACAGCGUAUCCGCAAAAACUAUUCUUAUUUUCGUGUAAACUACUUCGCACUCAUCGCUAUUGUUCUGGGCAUCUCUCUUCUCACAAACCCUUUUUCUCUCAUCACCCUUGCUGGUCUUUUAGCCGCAUGGAUCUUUCUAUAUCUCUUCCGUCCUUCCGAUCAGCCUCUUGUUGUGUUCGGCCGUAACUAUUCUGAUAAAGAAACUCUAGGGCUUCUUAUUGUUGCGAGUUUAGUUGUGAUCUUCUUGACUAGUGUUGGAUCUGUUCUGAUUUCAGCAUUGAUGGUUGGAUUGGCUAUUGUUUGUUGUCAUGGUGCAUUCAGGACUCCUGAAGAUCUGUUCUUGGAUGAUCAAGAUACCGCUGCAUCUACUGGAUUCCUAUCAUUCCUUGCUGGAUCAUCAUCGACGACCAAAAUUGCUUCUGUGGUGGCUGGUCGUGUCUGAUCUGAUGGAGAAAGAAAAGGUUGAAUUGGGUAAAUUGGUUGUUAGUUUUGUAUUUCAUACUUUCGAUUUAACUACUUUGUGUUGAUGAGGAUUGAGGCUAUUAGUGUUGUUGUUGAUAGCCAUUUACUAUGAUUGUUUGUGUAAAUUUCAACUUUAUAUAAGGAUCAUCAUAUAGUUUAUAACUCUAGUGUAUAAUUUUCCACAAAUCUCUUGGUUCUUAUAUAAAUACAUCUAAAUUUAUCCUUA